CCCCGCCUCCUGCCUGGGUCUAGCUGUCGGCGAGGCCAGGGCUCCUGGAUCUGCGAUGGAACUUCAUAUCCUAGAGCACCGGGUGCGAGUACUGAGCCUGGCCCGCCAGGGUCUCUGGCUCUACACGCACCCGCUCAUCAAGCUGCUCUUCCUGCCCCGUCGCAGCCGGUGCCAGUUCUUCAGCCUGACGGAGACCCCAGAAGAUUACACACUCAUGGUGGAUGAAGAGGGCUUUAAAGAGCUACCCCCAUCCGAGUUCCUGCAAGUGGCCGAGGCCACGUGGCUGGUGAUGAACGUGUCUCACAGUGGAGCUGUGGUGCAGGCCGCCGGAGUCACCAAGAUUGCCCGCUCUGUCAUUGCCCCGCUGGCCGAGCACCAUGUGUCUGUGCUCAUGUUGUCCACAUACCAGACGGACUUCAUCCUGGUGCGGGAGCAGGACCUGUCCUUGGUGAUCCACACGCUGGCCCAGGAGUUUCAGAUCUACCGUGAAGUAGGUGGGGAGCCUGUGCCUGUUGACAUCGAUGAUUCCAGCAACGGCUUCCCCCGAGCGCAGCACGGGCCUGGUCCCACGGUGCAUCCGGUUCAGAGCCCGCAGAACCGCUUCUGCGUCCUCACCCUGGACCCCGAGACGCUGCCCGCCAUUGCUACCACCCUCAUCGAUGUCCUCUUCUACUCACACAGUGUCCCCAAGGAGGCAGCCUCAGGUGGUCCUGAGUCAAGUUCCAUUCCAUUCUUUGCUUUCUCCCUCAUUGAGGGCUACAUCUCCAUCGUCAUGGAUGCCGAGACCCAGAAAAGGUUCCCCAGUGACCUCCUGCUGACCAGUUCUUCUGGGGAGCUAUGGAGGAUGGUGCGCAUCGGGGGACAGCCCCUGGGCUUCGAUGAGUGUGGGAUUGUGGCCCAGAUCGCGGGUCCCCUGGCAGCUGCUGACAUCUCUGCUUAUUACAUCAGCACCUUCAACUUCGACCAUGCCCUGGUUCCUGAAGACGAGAUCAGCAGUGUCAUCGAGAUACUCCAGCAAAGGCAAGAAGGCCUUUCUUCCAAAGAUCCAUAGAGAACACCAGACUCCCAGCAUCCCCUCACCUGGGCCUUCAGAGACUUUUCUGGGCUGUUUCCUGAAGCUUUACAGUGAGUCCCCUGAUCCUGCCGAGGGGCCCUGGUUCUGCUGUCUGUGUGUGAGCUGCAUGAGCUCGCACUCAUGGGCAUGUACCUCUAGGCACAGUGGGCAGGUGCUGACUCCAAAUGUCUGCCCACAAAGGACACCAUGGUGCUUGGGGCUUAGACCCCGAACAUUUUCUGCGUGACCUCAGCAUUGCACAGUUCCUGCCCGAGGUUCACUCCCGGCCCCUCUCACCUGGCUGGGUCUUACUUCCCUAAGCUGGGCUCUGAUCUCCAGCUUGGGUUGCCUUCCUAGCCAGAUGGAGUUCCAACAGUGCCUUUCCUUCUCGGGGCUCCAAGGAAAGGGUUUUUACAUCUCAUUUUACAUCUGAUUUUGUGACUGUUUAAAUAAAGGAAAGACUUGAUGA